AAUGCAUACUGCAUAGUUUCUUAAAUUCAAUUUUUUUAUUUGUGAUAACGCAAUGAAACAUGCCAAAUUGUGCGGUCAUAAUAUUUGGCCAUGCUGUCAUACAAAGAAAUUAUGAACACAUGCAAAAACAAGACAGGACCAAUGAAAUAUUAAUAACUGUAGUCAAUGCCAGUUUUACCAAUUUAACAAUUUUUCACUAGAUUUAGUGACUUCUUCACCCCUUUUGAGACUUUUUUCAAAAGUCUAGCAACAAAUCAAUUUCUUGUAUAAACCUUAUCUAGAUUCUGAGGCUCUCCCAGUGAUCUAUAUUUAUAUACAUCAGUGAACUCGCCAUUAUGACGUUUAGCAUUUAGCGACCCGUUUUAGCUACUUUCAAUAAAAAGCAUUUGGCUACACUGGUCAGUGUUUUUUUCCCCUUGUAUUUUGAUGGUUUAAGUGAAAUGUAGGGUCAUAAAAAAUUACUUUUGGCCAUUGUUGUGUUUGGUGGGGUUAGUACCACAACAGUGCUUUUUAAAGUGCCCCUAUUAUGGAGUUUUUGAAAAUGACCUUUCGUGCAGUGUAACAGCUCUAAGUGAAUGAAAACAUCCUGCAAAGUUUUAAAUCUGAGCACCGUGGAUAAAGUUAAAAGUGCACUGUGUAUAAAGUUAUUGUCUCUCAAAAGAAAGAGUCGACUCUGAAUCAUUGAAACGAGUCAUUUUCAAAAUGAAUCCCAAGCCGUUUCAUGUUGAAGUCAACAUGAAACAUCAGCAUAUUGCCCGCCCACUUGUUGCACGCGCAGACCUGGGAAAACUUGAUUUUCGUGUUGGUCUGAAUGAAAAUGCAAAUCCAUUCUUUGCCACUAGGUGCUGCUUUUGGAGUGUUAAAAGGUCACGAACACUGCUUUAAAUGAAAUCGACCAAUCACAGCAGAUUAGUCCUCACGCAAAUGAGGGGUUUGGAAAAAUUAAUCUUGAGCGAAUCGUUGAGCAAAUAAGGUAAACAUAACUGCAUAUUAUAAGAAAAUGAAAGUGUUUUUUGACCUUGCAUGCAUGUCAACCUGUUGUUGGGGACUCCCAAAACCAAAAUAUGAACCUUUCAUAACUUAAUGGGGGCACUUUAAGAUCUUACAGCAUAGCACCUAUGCUGCAUUUUUUCCAGUUUACCAGCAAAAAAAAAAAGAAAAAGGUAAUUACUAUCAUUUCUGCAGUUAGAGCAUUGAUUUGUAGUAAAUUUCUUACUUUUCAGAAAAUAAAUGUCUUUCCAACAAAAAGAUACAAAAAGAAUUGACAUCUUGACGAACAAGUUUGUAUCGUUUUAUCAACUCCAUAUCAUCAUAUUACUCCAAUACAUCAUAUCUUUAUUGGAAAGUGUGUGCAAUAUCCUCAUAUUCUAUUGGUGAUUGGUGAAUGUACGGCAAUGAAAGACAUCAGGGUUGGUGGAGAGAGUCUGGAAGAGGAUCAUAGUAUUUAAACCUUUAAGCACUCAGAUCCUAUCUGUCAGCAACAUUAGUCGGUGCUGCUUCCUGCAGUUGCUCAGGGGUCUGAUUCAGAGGUAUUAGAGGCAUCUAAUGCCUCUACACCCCCAGUAACCUGUGCAUCUGCCAGACUGAGAGGACAUUGGCACCAUGAACAAGCUUAAACGCAGGAGGCAAAGCCUUUUCCCCAAUUAUAAACUUGGGGUCUCAGUCCCUGCUCCCAAGGAUCCAGAGGAUUCUGAGCUUCCUUUUGGUCAACAGAACUGGGUAAAACCAUGGAAUUCGAUGCAGGAAUUAAGUAAGGAUAUAUAUGACAUCUAUGCAGAGUAUGAAGACGAUGAAGAAGAGAGGUUGAUGUCGACCCCCAGUAAAAUGUCCUCUCCGACUAAAAACUACAUGCUGAACAUCAACGUAGGAGGCAAGGUCUACCAGAUCUCUUACAGGGUGGCAGCAAAAUAUCCCAAGACAAGAAUUGGCCGACUUGCAACGUAUACGGACCACAACAGGAAACUCGAUCUCUGUGAUGAUUACACUGUCCAUAACAAUGAGUUUUUCUUUGACAGGGAUCCAGACAUCUUCCACAACAUCUUCAACUUCUAUAGGACUGGAGUUCUCUGGAUCAAAGAUGAAUUGUGCCCACGCAAUUUUUUGGAGGAGAUCAACUACUGGGGUGUUCGUAUCAAGAACACCCAUCGCUGCUGCCGCAUUUCAUUCGAGGAACGGCAAGAUGAACUCAAUGAACAGCUGAAGGUACAACGGGAACUCGAGGCAGAGGUGGAAACUGAGGAGCAUGAGGACUUGUUUCAGGAUAUGGCUUUCGGUCAUACACGUUUCCUCAUUUGGAACAUGAUGGAGAAGCCCUUCUCAUCGGUCACAGCCAAGCUUAUGGCAGUAGCAUCCAGUUUCUUCGUGCUGGUAUCACUCGUGGCAAUGACUCUCAAUACAGUAGAGGAAAUGCAAUAUACGACGACCAACGGCCAGCUGAGUGGGAAGACCUACUGUGAGUAUGUUGAGACUUUCUGCAUUGCGUUUUUUACCAUGGAAUAUCUGCUCCGACUUGUGUCCACACCUAAACUCAAACACUUUGGAAAGAGCGUGCUGAAUGCUGUGGAUCUGAUUGCCAUCCUUCCAUUAUAUCUUCAGAUGAUCUUAGAGUCUUUCGAGAAUGAACACCAUGGGAAACAUGGUAGUGAUAUUGAGACUGUAGGACGGGUUGGUAAAUUGGGGCAAGUUCUCCGCAUCAUGCGCCUCAUGAGGAUAUUUCGUAUCCUAAAACUAGCACGUCACUCAACUGGACUUCGAGCUUUUGGCUUUACACUCCGGCAAUGCUACCAACAAGUGGGCUGUCUUUUCCUCUUCAUUGCAAUGGGAAUUUUCACCUUCUCUGCCAUGGUCUAUACCGUAGAGCAUGAUGUGCAUCAAACAAACUUCACCAGUAUUCCACAUGCAUGGUGGUGGGCAGCUGUGAGCAUCUCCACUGUGGGCUAUGGCGACAUGUUUCCAGAGACUCAUCUGGGCAGGAUUUUUGCAUUUGCAUGCAUCUCGUUUGGAAUUAUUCUCAACGGCAUGCCAAUCUCCAUCCUGUUCAAUAAAUUCUCAGACUACUAUUCAAAGCUGAAAGCCUAUGAAUACACGUCCUCUAUAAAGAACCGCGGGAAAGUGAGGUUUGUGAAAAGGGCUGCAAUGAAGGUUGUAGAAUGUUUUUAGGCUGCCAUGUGCUGACCUACUCUUUCCAUCAACAGACUGAUUUUUAAUUCAUGGACUUGGUGGUCUUCUUUUCAAAAUAUUCAAACCAAACAGACCAAUUAAGAAACUGUCUUCAAACAAAUUAGCCACUGCUUGCUUUUGUGCUGCUGGAUACAUGCAUAUUGGAACUUUUGUACUAUAAACAAAAGUAAUUUCUUUUCAAACAAACCAAGGAUGCUCUUACAAGGAUGCUGUUAAUAAAUACUUGCCUUGGCACAAAAAUGUUUAUUGUCUAAGAUCAAUUGUUUCUUACUAUUACUUUAUGGCAUAGUAAAAAUCAAGGUUUUUUUUAAACAAUGUCAUUAAAAUUAACCAUUGCGACCACUAUGGGCAAUGUUAAAACAAAAGGAAGUAAUCCAGGGUAGACAAACACUGCUUCAAAUAAUCAGUUGAAGGUUUUAACAUCUGGCAGAGCACAAGCUCAGUUUCAAUACUUUUUUUUAAAUAUAUCUAUAUAUAAUUUGUAUAGGCAUUUGUGUAAAUUUCAAUCAAGAAAAGCCGAUUUAUGAUUUCCAUCAACUGGUUUCCUCUGGAAGCACAGAUUGCAAAGAGAUUUCCUAUAAGGUUAACUUCUGUAUUGAUAGGGCUAUCUGGCAACAACUUACAGUGCUUAAAAAAAAAAAAAAAUUCAGAACUGACAUCCUCACAACAAUAGCUUGGUGUGCUGUGUGACAAUUACAAAAACUUGUUGACUUAAUAAAGGGUGGCCAUUGUGAAGUCCAUAAGAAUGUAGACAACUAAAAUGUAAUUAAAUCUGAAAAGCAUGCUCAUGCAGGCAUUGAUAAUCCUUGAAAGAUUAAUCCUUGGGGAUCAUUGAAGUCCCAAGGACAGAUGGAAGUAGAGCAGGGCAACAAAAUUACUUUAAGCACGCAUGCAUGCCUCCAUAUUCAAAGCUACCGUUUUUAUAUUUUACCUAUAAUUUUUAUUUUUGGGUGAAACUAACCUUUUAACAUGUUUUCUUUAUUUUGAAAAAAGAAAGAUUGUAUUAUUUCUACUAUUCUAUUAUUAUAAUUAUUUAAAUACAAGCUAACAUAAAAUAUACUUCAAAAGUAAUUCAUUCAGAAUCUGCAUUAAAUUUAAUUUUAACAAAUCUCGUAUAGAAAUCUCUGGACUGUAUUUCACCUCAAAAAUCAAAAGAAAAAAAAAACUGAUAAAAAGAAUGGUAUGUCCGUUAAGUAUUUUGUAUUGACAUUUUAAUUAGUUUAUCGUAUUUCAUUU